AGGUAUAAACGAUAAAGGGGUUUAGGCUGAACAGACUUGGUGUUAUAUAUACGUCUGGAACGAUUUAUUGUAUUUUCAAAAGAAAGUAUACAAUAUUGCACGACUAAAUUGAGUUUUGUAUAAAUGUCUGUGAUUACAUUUAGAACGAUAUUUAGUUAAUCAUUUCUCAUAAACGAAGCUUAAGAGGUUUCAUAAUGAAUCACUUCAAAUACGUAUCAUCUAGAGGUUCAUGGUGCCAAUUAAAAAGGUUACAAUCAUCAGUACCUCAAAUCCAAAUACCACCUAGAAUAGAACGUGGACCAACAGACAUUUUGGCUGCUAUUGAAAGUACAGUACCAGAAAAUGGGACAAAAUUUAAUUACUUGUAUCAAGAUGAUCCCUUUUUGUUUCCAAUGAAGAAACAACAUUAUCGUAUAUAUGCAUUAGCAUAUGAAUCAGGCAAGAGAACAGCUAUGUGGAUUCAAAGAGAACAUAGAAUUCUAUUUCCAAAGCAUCUCUCUGAACCACCCAUUAAAGCAUUCCAACGACCACCUUCUUUAAGAAAAUGUAAUCUGUCAGAAGAAAUACUUAUUAACGCUAUAUCUGAACGUAAGGUGCAGGAUGCUGCUGCCAUGUAUGAAGCAUUAGAAGCUAAAGUUUCCAAUACCACAAAACAAGCACUUUUAGAAUUGUUGUUAUAUUAUAAUAAUGAUAGAAUUAUAUCUAAGGAAUUUCCGAUGGAACAGUGGUAUAAUAAGCCUCAACAAUAUAUGUGGCGACAUAACAACAUGAUUGAAAACAUAUAUAAAUUUUUAAUAAAACAAGAUCCUGAAACAGCAGCCUUAGCUCAUAAUGCUAUGUUAAGCGGUUUAGCAAAAUACUUAAGGAAAGAUGAAGCUAUGUUAUUAUUUGAAAAAUUGAAGAAAGAAAAUAUUCCCAUUAGUGUUGCAAGUUACAAUUAUAUUAUCACAGCGUUUGUAGAAGGUUCGAGUAAAAAAGUUUUAGGUAACAUUGAAGCAAUUUAUGACAUACUUAAGACAAUGAACACACAGAGAGUGAAACCAAAUGUUAGGACAUUGAAUGCUGUCCUUAAAGUAAUCGCUAGAUUUCAACCUGACGUAGCUGAAACUCAUAUGAAAUACAUAUUGAAAGAAUUUAACAAAUUAAAUAUAAAAUAUUCAUUGGCUACGUAUUAUCAUAUUUUAAAUACAGUUGGAGCUAAAGAUUCUCCAUCGUAUCAAUAUUUUAUGGACAUCCUACAUGAAGUGUCGAAAGAACGUUUUGUGCUUCAAGACCCAGAUGAUGUUAAAUUUUAUACUCAUGUUAUGUAUGUUGCUGCUUUUGUUUUCUAUAAUCCAAAUGCUGCUGACAUAGUACAUAAAAUGCUUCUAACUGGUGAUAACUAUAAAUUUCUUUCGGAUAAUGCAUUAGAAAAUACCUAUUACACUUCAUAUAUGUCAAUAAAACUAUCAACAUGUACACUUCCUGAAUUCUUUGAAUUUUAUGAAAAGUUGGUUCCAAAUACAUAUAUUCCAACCAUUAACUUAUACAACAAAAUUGUAAAAGAGUUAUCGCUACAAAAACAGACAGAUGUAACAAAUUACGUAACAAAGAUAUGGUUGGAUGUACUUGAGUUUGGUUAUGAUGACAUUUCAUUGAAGCUUAGUAUAAUAUCAUUGAUGGAUAUAAACAAUUUACCAGUUGAUUCACCUUUGAGAUCGGUCACUAUGGAUGCAGCUUGGAAUUGUUGGAACACUAUCAAGCUCAACAUUGAGAAUAACCCAGGAGAAUAUCAGCCGGUUGAAACUGCGAUAACGGGUUCUAUAGCAAUGGCAUUAAUGAGUGGUGACCGUAUAAAUGAAAGUAUUGAGGUUUUGACACACACCAUUGAACAAACACAUUUGUUUACACCAACAAUGACACCAAAUCAAUCUAAAAAACUGUUUGAAACCUGUAUUUCGAAGCAGUCUUCUAUAGCAGCCUUGCUUGUUAUUGAAUACAGUCUAAAUUGCGGAUUUCCAAACGUCGUUGCAAUGGCUAAGCAGUUAUACAAUCUUCCGCAACUUACAAAAGCAGAGCGUAGUAGAUUGAUCAAUUUAAUAGGGGAGGAAGAACUGAAUACAUCAGAUGUAUCAAAAUCAUAAAAAUUAUGCAUAAAUACAACAAAAAAACUUUUGUAAAGUUA